AUGGCACACUUUGCGCCGUUUGACAUAUUUCUGGUCCUUCGAGCCGGAUCCAGCGCUGAAUCUUGUUUAACGUACUCCAUCUCGUGGAAUGCAGCUGCUAAACAUGAUUCUAGCCACUUAACCUCGGUUAAAUCCUUCUGCUUGGAUUUAAAGGAAAAUCUAAGAUUUCCAAGAGUGAAACUAAGAAGCUAUGCUGUAUUGCAUUACAGAUGGCACAUAAGCAAAGCAAACUAUUUUCAAGACUUCAGUACUAACUUGAUCUGA